CUAUCAAAAAGUACGGAAGAAAUUAUGCUACAUCACACCGCGACUUCUUCACUUGCCGAUCAGAAGCCGGCCGACAUUCCCACUCGCCGUUGAAACGCCCCUUUCAAUUCGCCGUCGCCGACACCUGCUGUGCAUUGAAGAGCUUGAUUGCAACUCACAGCACUAUGGCCGCCGUCGACUCCGAGAAGAUGGCGGGGCCAACUCCGACGCCUGCUCCUCCAGUUUCACAGUCGAUGGAAAAUCUCGAUCCUUCCAAGAGCGUCUCUGGCGAUUCGCCGUCUCGUUCGCCCGAUCGCCUUCCCUUGUCCACUUCCCGCCCGCCCAAGGAGCUCGAUUCUCAGAAUCAAUCACCUUCAAGAGUUGAAGAAUAUCGACAGCUUUUCCGUCUUCCACAGACUGAAGUGCUCAUUCAGGAUUUCAAUUGUGCAUUGCAAGAAAAUUUCCUUAUUCAGGGGCACAUGUAUCUGUUUGUCCACCAUAUCUGCUUCUAUUCCAAUCUGUUUGGAUUUGAGACAAAGAAAAUUAUUGCAUUUGAUGAAAUCUCAUAUGUGCGAAGAGCAAAAGCAGUUGGUGUUUUCCCAACUGCUAUAGAAAUAAUAGCUGGUGGGAAGAAGUAUUUUUUCACCUCUUUUCUAUUCCGGGAUGAAGCUUUUAAGCUUAUCAACGAAGGUUGGCUGCAGCACAGCAAUGGGAAUGUGGAAAUUACAGAUCAGCUAGAGGAUUCAAAGUCUGAUAUAAGCAUCCAGGAGAAUGGCAGCUCUAUAGUUGAGGAAUCAAGUGCUCUGAGACGAUCAGUGGAUGAGCUGGAUAUCAUUGACAGUGAUAAAAGUGGCCCCAUAUUAGAGGAAUCUAAGUCCCUGGCUGAUGGUGAACCUGAAAUAGUCCCAGUAUCUGCUGAUGUUGAAGUCAGGGAAGAAGUAAAGGUUGAAGCUGUUAAUGAGUGCUCAUCAUCUGAUAAAAUUUCAGAUUGGGUGUCCACAAAUGGUGAUGCGCCUGGAGUUCCUGAAGGCUUCACCAAAGUUGCAGAAUCACAAUUUCCGAUAGGGGUAAAGGAAUUUUUCAAUCUGUUCUUCUCCGAUGAUGGUGUCAAAUUCCAUGAGUCAUUCCAUAGAAAAUGUGGCGAUAAAGAUUUCAAGUGCACCUCAUGGGUUCGUAAUGAAAAUUUUGGGCACACCCGUAACGUAUCAUUUCAACAUCCUAUUAAACUCUAUUUUGGUGCUAGAUUUGGUAGCUGUCACGAGACCCAGAAAUAUUGUGUCUAUAGGAACAGUCAUUUGGUUAUUGAGACUUCACAAGAUAUAAGUGACGUGCCUUACUCAGACUACUUCAGUGUGGAGGGACGCUGGGAUGUAGAGGAAGAUGGCAAUGAUUCAAAGCCUGGCUGCAUAUUAAGAGUUUAUACUAAUGUGGCCUUUUCAAAGAAAACCAUGUGGAAAGGGAAAAUAGUGCAAUCCACAAUAGAAGAAUGUCGCGAAGCUUAUGCAACUUGGACAGAACUAGCACAUGAAGUAUUAAAGCAGAAGAACCUAGAGAAGAGACAAGAUGAGCAAGUUAGACUUGCAACACCAGAAAAAACUCCCGAGCAUGUGGAACCCGAAACACUUAAUGUUCAAACACAAUCCGUACCAGAUGUGGUUACAAACGAACAAGCCAAUCACUAUCCACAAGAAAGCUUAGGCAAUGGAUCAGUCGGAUCUCUGUUAACAGGCGGCUUCUCAAAGAUCACUGCGUCUCUGAAACGUCAGAAUGCUCCAACCCUACUUCUGGUCAUUUCCCUUGCUAUAAUUCUCCUCCUAAUGCAGAUAAGCAUCCUCACCCUACUAAGUAGACCUCAACGUAUCGUGAUGAUCCCUCAGUCCUCCGACUACACAAGUGAGAACAGCCGCGAAACAGCCGCCUCAUCACUGAACCGGCAAAUAAAAUAUCUGAAGGAGGAGAUGGAAUUUGUCGAAACAAUGCUGGAUAGGCUGCAGAAGGAGCAUGGCAGGCUGAAAGGGAAGCUGAGGGAAUUGGAGGUAUUCAGAAACUGACAAGAAACUUUCUAUACACAAUUCUUUGUGAUAAAAUGUGCUUAAAUUCAUUGUACCUUUGCAAAAUUUCUGUGCUGUGCUGUCUUUAUUUCUGGUCACCAAGUUGAUGCAUGCACUGUUGAUCUGAGAGUUGCCUAAUUUGAUUUUAUCCACACAUGGCUAUAAAAUUAAUGGGUAUUUGUUUGUUUGUUUCA